AUGGGACACUGGGUCAGCCUCAAAGGUUUGGCUCUGGUUGCCAGAUCUGACUUGCCCGUUCCAAACCAGGAGUUGGACCAUGGUGUCUUUGUGAAGACUGGAGGUGUCAUGGUCCCUAGAGCGAAGGGUAAUGCGCUAGGGCUGGUUUCACAGAGCAGCGAAUACCUUCCUCUCCGGGUAGUGGAAGGAUUACAGGUCUGUGGCUCUUGA